CUUUUUUUUUUUUUCCUUCACCUCUAGGAAAAUUUUCUUUUUUUAAAAAAAAAAAAUUCAGAAAAAAAAAGUGAGUGUCAUUCUCUGCUCAGUGAGCUUCAUCAAUCUUGCUCUUGGAACGGUAUGUACUCUGCACAGUGGAAGGAAGGACCGUAAUCAGCUCUAAUUGGAGAUCUGGUGAGCUAGGGUUUUGAGGGAGGAUUGGGGAUUUUAAUUUUUCUCUUUCUCUUUUUUGGAGUUUGACUAGGGUUUUGGGUUUGGUUAACGGUGAAGAAGAUCUGAAGAAGUGAGAAGAGUGAUGGUGAUUGGUUGGUAGUGGAAGAGGUUUUUGCAUGAGAUUCCAUUUGGUAUUUUGAAGUUCUUGUGUGGUUUUGGGGGGGAGGGGGGGUGGGGGGUAGGUGCUGCUGAUACGUUGAGCUAUGGAUGGAACUUGUGUGGUAAAUGUGCUUGUGUAAAGAAGGGUACUGAAGUUUUGAAGGUUUUGUUUUUUUUUGUUGAGUUUUGCAACUUUCUUUUUGGGGUAACGUGGGUACUGGUUUGGGUAAAGUGAUCCUUUAGAUUUUUGAAGCAUGAGACUCUCUUCAGCUGGUUUCAAUCAGCAACCUCAGGAAGGGGAGAAAAAAUAUUUGAAUUCUGAACUUUGGCAUGCAUGUGCCGGCCCUCUAGUCUCCCUGCCCCCUGUUGGAAGUCGAGUUGUCUACUUUCCCCAAGGUCAUAGUGAACAGGUUGCUGCUUCAACUAACAAGGAGAUAGAUGCUCAUAUCCCGAACUACCCAAGCUUACCUCCACAGCUUAUCUGUCAGCUUCACAAUGUGACCAUGCAUGCAGAUGUUGAAACAGAUGAAGUAUAUGCCCAGAUGACUUUGCAACCAUUGAGUCCGCAAGAGCAAAAGGAUGUAUAUCUAUUUCCAGCAGAACUGGGUACUCCCAGCAAACAGCCAACCAACUAUUUCUGUAAAACACUGACAGCUAGUGAUACUAGCACUCAUGGAGGAUUCUCUGUUCCUCGUCGGGCUGCGGAAAAAGUCUUCCCUCCUCUUGAUUACACCCAGCAGCCUCCUGCUCAAGAAUUAAUUGCUAGGGAUCUUCAUGAUAAUGAAUGGAAAUUUAGACACAUCUUUCGAGGCCAGCCUAAGAGGCAUCUUCUUACAACUGGAUGGAGUGUGUUUGUUAGUGCAAAGAGACUUGUUGCCGGAGAUUCAGUUCUCUUCAUUUGGAAUGAGAAGAAUCAGCUGUUGUUGGGUAUCCGAAGAGCAAGUCGUCCGCAAACUGUCAUGCCUUCUUCUGUUUUAUCAAGUGACAGCAUGCACAUUGGUCUCCUUGCUGCAGCUGCUCAUGCAGCCUCCACCAAUAGCCGUUUUACAAUAUUCUAUAACCCUAGGGCUAGUCCUUCAGAAUUUGUUAUACCUCUUGCCAAGUAUGUUAAAGCGGUAUAUCACACUCGAGUUUCUGUUGGAAUGCGGUUUAGGAUGCUAUUUGAGACUGAAGAGUCAAGUGUCCGUCGAUACAUGGGUACGAUAACUUGCAUUAGUGAUUUGGAUCCUGUUCGCUGGCCAAACUCAUAUUGGCGCUCUGUUAAGGUUGGUUGGGAUGAAUCCACUGCCGGGGAGAGGCAGCCAAGAGUAUCCUUGUGGGAGAUUGAACCAUUAACAACAUUCCCUAUGUAUCCAUCGCCCUUCCCAUUGCGACUAAAGCGACCAUGGCCGUCUGCAUUGCCCUCCUUUCAUGGUCUCAAAGAUGGUGAUAUGGGCAUUAAUUCCCAACUGCUGUGGCUUCAAGGUGGCAUUGGAGAUCAAGGUAUUCAAUCUUUGAACUUCCAAGGAUUUGGCAUUGCACCCUGGAUGCAGCCAAGAUUUGAUGCUUCUUCCUUGCCGGGCAUGCAACCUGAUGUAUACCAAGCAAUGGCCACUGCUUCAUUUCAGGAAAUGAGGACAAUGGAUCCAUCUAAAUUAGCUUCUCAAGCUCUUCUGCAGUUCCAGGAACCCCAAAGUGCAUCCACAAGGCCUCCUGCUUUGAUUCAGAGGCAGAUGUUACAGCAGCCCCAGACUCAAAAUAGUUUCCUCCAGAGCUUACAGGAGAACCAGGCCUCUGCUCAGGCACAGCUUCUGCAGCAAUUGCAGCGUCGAAAUCUGUACAGUGAUCAGCGACAACCACAGCAGCAGGCACAACAGACACAGCAACUCCAACAGUUGUCUGUUGCACAGCAGAUCCCAAAUGUUAUCCCUGCCUUUUCUUCCCUUGCAUCGUCCUGUCAAGCUCAGUCUUCAUCUCUGCCUGCAAUUCCUUCACAGUGCCAGCAGCAGACAUUUUCUGAGCCUGUUGGGAACCCUAUAGGCGCAUCUGAUGUUUCCUCAAUGAAUAGGAUCUUAGGUUCAUUAUCCCAGGAUGGAGGAUCACAUUUACUUAACUUGAAUGGAUCAAACUCCAUUAUCUCAUCUUCCUCCUUAUUGCAUAAGCAAGUUUCAGUUGAGUCACAACUUCCUUCAGGAGGUUCUCAUUGUGUUCUGCCCCCAGUUGAACAAAUGGGAACAGCACAGUCAAAUGUCUCUGAGCUUGCUAAUCUAUUACCUCCUUUUCCUGGAAGGGAGUAUACUUACCAUGGUUCAACUGAUCCCCAAAGCAAUCUUUUGUUUGGGGUUAGCAUUGAUUCCUCAUCUCUUAUGAUGCAGCAUGGGAUGCCAAACCUGAAAAAUAUUAGCAAUGAAAGCGAUCCAUUGUCAAUGCCAUUUGCUGCUUCAAAUUUCCAUAGUGCUUCAAGCACUGAUUUUCCACUUAAUCCAGACAUGACGACUUCAAGUUGUGUGGAUGAAUCGGGUUUCUUGCAGUCUUCUGAAAAUGUUGACCAAGUAAACCCACCACCCAGAACCUUUGUGAAGGUUCACAAGUCAGGGUCCUUUGGUCGGUCACUGGAUAUUUCCAAGUUCAGCGGCUAUGAUGAGCUGCGCAGUGAGCUUGCUCGCAUGUUUGGCCUUGAAGGCCAAUUGGAGGACCCUCAGAGAUCAGGCUGGCAGCUUGUAUUUGUUGACCGGGAGAAUGAUGUGCUUCUCCUUGGUGAUGACCCAUGGCGGGAGUUUGUAAAUAGUGUGGGGUAUAUCAAGAUACUAUCUCCACUUGAAGUGCAUCAAAUGGGUAAAGAAGGCCUAAAUCCUGCCUCAUCUGUCCCAAGUCAAAAUCUCACGAAUAGAAACAACCAUUGUGAAGACUAUCCAAGCAGACAGGAGUCGAGAAUUUUAGGCAAUGGAGUUGCAUCCAUGGGGUCUCUUGACUAUUGAGGACAGAAUGGUCAAGAAGUUGAAACAUUAGAAUGGAAAAUGGGGCAUUGAAUGUUAUAAGUGUUCUAUGCUCUCAUUAGUUGUUGCAAACGCAGACUGUUUAGCAUUCUUUUUCUGCAUUUUGUGAUCCAUGAAAGCUUAUUAUGGUAAAGAUUGUGUGUGAUCAGCAUACUAGUGUGAGCAAUAGUAUGAUAGGAAACCAUGGGACUUCACUGCGAUGGUACUUAGAGCACACGGAUGUAGCAGCAGAAUCAUUGUUAUGUGAUUUAGCAAUUUGCUUGCUGUCCUGUAAUUUAUAAGAUACCUUGAAUAUUUCCUGACAUUAUGCUUGGCAUAAACUUCUAUGUGAGCAAACGUUGGUCGUAAAUUUAUGUGUUCUUAA